UUCAUUCCUUUUCCUUUUUCCGUUUGUAAUAAUCCUACAAAUGCGACAGCGCGCCAGGCAAAGUGUGAGUUCAUAGCUGGCAUUGGUGUGGAUCAUUUCAGAGGUGUAAAAGGUUCUUAUCUGUCUCAUUGACGAAUCUCAUUGAAUCAGCAGCAUGACAACUUCGCAGAAACACCGCAACUUUGUGGCAGAGCCCAUGGGAGAAAAAAGUGUCCAGGAACUUGCAGGGAUUGGUGAUGUUCUUGGCCAACGCUUAAGCGAAAGAGGUUUUGACAAGGCAUAUGUUGUCCUUGGUCAGUAUUUGGUGCUAAAGAAAGAUGAGGACUUGUUCAAGACUUGGCUGUAUGACACUUGCAAUGCCAACAAAAAACAGCAGAAUGACUGUUACCAGUGUUUGAAAGAGUGGUGUGACUCAUUCUUGUAACUGAUUCCCCAAAUUCUCAUUAUCAAGAACUGUUCUUGAAGAGUUAAUGUCUUGAACCCUCAAUAUUUUCUGUUUAUAUGUUAUAAUGUCUGCAAGUGUUGUCCAGUACUUUGAAAUUUUCAGAGCUCCUGAAGUUGUCCUUUAACUUGACUCAGUAGAGAGGAGUAUAUCUGGAUUCCAUGAAAUCAGUUGAGAUAUAUCUAUAGAGUUGUUCAUAUUAAUAGGAGGUAGCUCGUUUUUAUUUUAAUUUUUUCCAUUAAUGCUCCCAACACCUUGGUUAUGUUACACACUUUGUUAUUGAGAUCAGUAAUAGAUUGCAGCAUUGGUUCUUGUGUCUUUUUUUAAAAAGUACCCUUUUGUUUGCUUAGCUUGUUACAUCAGGAAGUGCAGCAGAAAAACUAUCAAAUACCUAUGUCUUGACUUUGUUUUCUUUAUUAAAUCUUAACCGUGAGUAAAAUAUCUGAAAUAGCACUUACAUAUAUGUAUUUGGGAUUUUGCUUUUGGGAGAUUAUUGGGGUUUUCUUGGGAAAAAUAAAGAUAAAACCUUAAGUUUGUUUGCUUUUUUGGUGCUUUGCUCUUGUCAGAUUUAGUAGACUUACCUCAUUAUGAAACCUAGUCUUUUUCCUCAUCCACUAAGUUUCAGCAAACCAGAUAAACCAGCAAAUGUAUAUAUAAGGGCUCCUAGCACUAAUUUGCCAGUUUAUCUGAACAAAACUUUGUGGUCCAGCUUUCAGUUUUUAUCAUGGCAGAAAUUUUUAGCCAGCAUUUGGUGGUGGCCUUUCCAUAGGGCCAUAUGUUUUUACAUUUUUGUCACACUUGUGAAGUUUAGUUAACAAUUAAAAGUAAGAAAAAAAGUUUAUCAACAUUUGAAUUUCAUUGUGGCUUUGUUUCAUUAUAUGUGCAUGAUAGAAGGAGUUAAGAGGUGAAUAUGUGCAUUACAGUUGGCUAACUUUUCGGAUUGUGAAAGGCUACCAUUUUUUUGACUGAAAAGUAUUUCAACUCCGCAAUACUACUUACACCUAUUAAAACUGAUUGAUAGGCAUCAUCAUUUAUUACCCAUCUCUAACAGAAAGUUUGUGAUGAAACACUUUUAGGGUUUGUAAUGUUGACAUGAAUCAUACUAGCUCAAAAAAAGCACUUUUCCAAUAGUUUUAUCAUUACUUGGUGAUUAAGAUAAAUGUGACAAUGCUAUAUAUAACAAAUUGUGACUGCAAGGUUUCAUAAUGUUGCACCAUUAACUUUGCUACAGCUUAAAGAUGAUGCUAAAGCUAAUAAACCUUCUUCUAAUGA